GCUGUGCUCUUCGUGCUACUUGGCAACGACUGUCUGUCCUCAACUCUACUUACAGCAGCUCGCCCAGAUUUCUCUACCCACUCUGCUCCGCCUGCACCGCACUGCUCCACCCGACGACUGCGCAUUCCACUGCACUGCUGCCAUCGCCUCCUCCGCGCGACCUGGACGGGCAUUUCACCCGCGUUGACCUCCGCUCCACCUCUACUGCACCUCCUUGCUUGCGGGACCACCACCCUCGCCAUUUGCAGCUAGACGAGAGAUCGCUCCUGCUCUCGCUCACUUCUUCGACCGCAAUCGACAGCAGCUCGAAGAUACAGUAUACGAUCAACGCGACUUCGGAUCACGCCUUCGCUUCUUCCUACUCCGCGCUUGUGCCACCGAGUCCCCACGCCGCUGAUCAGGGCGCUAUCCGGUCUCGCCAGGCGCCUUCAUGGAUACCGCAGUAAAGUACGUGGUGGUGCUGGCCGCAGGCGCGGGCUUGGUGUACUACUACACCUCGACCGACAAGAAGGCGCAGAAGCCGACCGUGGUGCAGGAGGUCAAGAGAGAGACGAAGAAGGCGGCUCGCAAAGUGCAGGGCUACGCCGACAAAGCCGCAAAAGCGGUUCCAAAUGUCAGUGCUACGGGCCUCUCUGACGUCCAAGGAGACACAGCCCAGUCCGCAUCGAAGAAACGGAAGGCCACUGCGCAGCCUGUCCAGCAGAGCCACGUUACGCCUGUCGUGGAGCGGGACGAUGAUCAAGGCUUUGACCAAUCCACACGGCAGUUCGCCGAGCAAAUGAGACAAGCCAGGCAAGGUGUCGAUGUCAAGAAGACGGACCGAGGCGAGACUCGUGUGAAGACUAUCAAGCCGAAGAACGGACAUAUCGCCCCUCCUGUUCUGUCUUCUGAAUCGUCGCAGGCGGAAGAUGACCAGCUGCCACCAGUUGAAUUGUCACCGGCCCUCAAAUCUACAGGCAUUGAUGAUAUGCUUGAGAAGGAAGCCCCUGGUCCAAACUCCCUGCGCAUCACCGCGCCAACUGCCCCUGCGAGGGAAAAGUCCAACAAAGUCAAGAAAGAGGAAGUCGUCGAGACUAAGAAACAACGACAGAAUCGCAAGAAGCGAGAAGAGAAGCAAGCAGCAAUGGCCGAGGAACGACGUCAACAGAAGGCACUCGAAGAGCAGCAACGCCGAACCGCCCGCAUUGCUAGGAAUGAGCCAGCAAAGAAUGGAACUUCCAUUCCGCCAGCACCUGCGAACAACCCAUGGAGAGAGCAAAACGCUCAGGCUGAGGCACAAGUUGUCUCAUCGAGCAACCAAAACCAACUUCUUGACACCUUCGAUGUGGAUUCGAACAGCAGCUCCAACGCUGGCGAGGCCAACAGCACCGCCGCCACCUCUACCACCGACCAAACACCAGCCAGUCUCGGCGCCGAAGACGCCGACUACAAGAAGAUCAUGGAGGAGAGCAACCUCGAGGACGGCUGGACCGAUGUCAAGACCUCGAAAAAGGCUAGGAAGCAGACCACCAACGUUGAUGUCACGCCUGUUCCCAGCGCUGCAAAUGGGAGCAGCAACAAGAAGCAGGUCACCACAAGUGGCCUGUCAAGCAAGUUCAGCGCUUUGCAAGACGAGCUGGAGGAGCGAGCAGACACCGACUCGCAGUGGACGGCCUAGUGCCCUUGGCACCAUGUUUGACGUGGUUUAUUUUGGCAGUUUCACUUUGUUUCCAACGCAUCUCCAGCGGCGUAUGAGCAUUAUUGUUUCCUUUGAGUGAUUUGGCAUUUAGAGCGCGGCCGGCUUUCGGAGCACCCGAAUCUGUUGUAAACUGUAAACUGCCAAGAGUUGCAAAUGAGUCUCGAGAUGG